GUUUUGUAUAUCACGCAUCGGUAUUAAACCUCUUCGAGUAUACAGCUGUUAGCUAGAAACACUGAUAAAUUGGGAAAAAAACGUUGUACUCGGCACGACUUUUCAACUGUCAAUGCAAAAUAAGGUAACACGUCACCAAGGAGGGCGUUGAUAUUCUACCUGACAGACAAUAAACUCGGCAAAUAAAAAGGCAGAAAUUCGGCGAAUACGCAGAUUGGCAACAUUGACGACCAAUGAGCAUCCCGUAUCCGGGUUCGGUUUCUUUCCUCGGCGAGCAAAGCGGGCGUGGGUCAAAGAUACGUAGACACGGGCUGCUGGUGGCGAAGAUGGCGGAUGGGGACAGUGGAAGUGAGCGUGGAGGCAGCGGCGGCGGAGGAGGAGGAGGAGGUGGGGGAGGAAGCGGCGGCUUCCAGCAUUACCAGCGGGAGCCCGAGACGCAGGAGCUGGCUUCGAAGAGGCUGGACAUUCAGAACAAACGCUUCUACCUUGACGUGAAACAGAACGCCAAAGGCCGGUUCAUCAAAAUCGCCGAGGUCGGCGCAGGGGGCUCGAAAAGUCGGCUGACCCUCUCCAUGUCGGUGGCGGCCGAAUUCCGUGACUACCUCGGGGAUUUUAUCGAACACUACGCCCAGUUGGGGCCGAGCACUCCGGAGCAGAUCGCCCAGUCGGCGGGCGGCGAUGACAGCGGGCCUCGGCGGGCCUUGAAGAGCGAGUUCCUGGUGCGAGAGAACCGCAAAUACUACCUCGACCUAAAGGAGAAUCAACGGGGUCGCUUCCUGCGCAUCCGCCAGACCGUCAACCGAGGCCCGGGCUUCGGUGUCGGCGCGGGGGGGAUGCCCGGCUUGCAGGCCGGACAGACCAUCGCGUUGCCAGCCCAAGGCUUGAUAGAGUUCCGCGACGCCUUGGCCAAGUUGAUCGACGACUACGGCGGCGAUGACGACGAGCUGGCCGGCGGCGGUGCAGGAGGGGCCAUGGGCUACGGCGAACUCCCGGAGGGCACCUCCAUCAUGGUGGACUCGAAGCGUUUUUUCUUCGACGUGGGCUCCAACAAGUACGGCGUGUUCUUGCGGGUGAGCGAGGUGAAGCCCAACUACAGGAACUCUAUCACCAUCCCCUUCAAGGCCUGGGCCAAGUUCGGCGGCGCCUUCAGCCGCUACGCCGAGGAAAUGAAGGAGAUCCAGGAGCGUCACCGGGACAAGGGCUUCGAACGCCGGGCUGCGGACGAGUCCGAAGGUGAAGACGUGGAUGACGACUGACGACCCACGGAUUACUGUUUUUGUUUGCUUUGAUGCUAAAGCUAACAACAAGGCAGGUAUUACUGAGAUACAGAACGAGAAGAGCGGCCAUUACGUGCAUGACGAAUCGAACUAUUUUCAAAGCGGAAGCUAAACGAGAUAUAUAAAUAUAUGACUGAGAAUUUAGUGUCUGGGGGAAGGCGGGGUUACGUGGCUGUAAGAGAUAUAGAACACGUAGUCAGGUCCUAAAUGAGAUACUCCGAUUGAUUGUGUGUGCGCGUGCAAUAUAUAUAUAUAUAUAAAAUUAGUACAUUUAAUAACUAAAGACAGAUUAGAGGUUCCACUUCCUGGUUGAGAGCCAAUCAGAAGAGCCCAUCUCGAGGACCAGUCAGAAAGAGACCUCUACUCGAGAGCCAAUCAAAGGAGCUCAUCUGAUUUGUGGUUUGUGGCACACCAGCAACAAACUGGCGGGAAGGCGUCUAAUUUCAAUUGCUGCGGUCCCACUUCCUGGUUCAGAGCCAAUCGGAAGCUCACCUGACUUGGACGUGUCUGGGCCCCUGGAAACAUGGAUGUGGGGGGACGCGUUUCAGGCACACACUUUGGACUUACAUUGGCACAUCCCAAUUAUUUCCAGGGGUUGCCAGGUCCGUCUUUGGUUUUGUGUUUGUGUAACUUCCAUGGCAACUGAUGAUAUCAUACAAAGCAAGCUCACCCCCCCAUUGGCAGGAAAUGUUGGAUCGGAAUGUUGGAUCUUUUGAGUCAAAUUCGGUGCUUUAGAGGGGAAAACAAAACAAAAACAAGGGUGCUGUACUAAAGUAUAAAAAAAUACAAGGAUACAUAAAAUUAUUUUUCAAAAGAGAUUUAUUGAAUUGUAUCUCGGAAAUGUGAGAUUUUUAUUUUCAAAAGUGACUUAUUUAAAAAAAAAAAGUAAAAACAUUAGAGAUGAGACUUGGUCAUAGCUGCUUUUUGAUUUUAUUUUUUUUUUAAUUUUCCAAAGAGCAGGGUUUCCCAAACUAAGGCUCAGUGGGCCACUUUGGGUCUUGGCAGGGUGUUAUCAUAGCAUAGUCAUGUAUGUUGUUUAUUAUUCAUUUCCAUGAUCUGACAGAAGUACAUCAUGUCUAUUAGAUUUGCUUUUCAGCGAGGAACCACAUUUUUGACUUUUUUUGUCCGCUUGACAUACUUUCUUGUAAUAAUGCAUAUUGCACUUGGCUACCUAUUUCUAAAAGGAGAUGAACCUUAAACUUAGAGUAGGUUUUAUCAUUACAUCACCCCCCGCCAAAAAAAAAAGAAAAAUGCAAAAUACCACAUUAAUAGGUCAAAAAGUCAGACUUUUACAAUGCAUUACAGCUAUUGUCAUUUGAUGACAUGAUUUUUUUUUCUAAAAAUACAACUAAUGUGUGUAAAACUAAAAAAAUGCAAACUUUUCAUAAUUCACAAUUAGCUCUGAUUUCAUUCUCAAAGUUUGGUGACUUUAUUGCAAUUUUAGGACUAUCUAUUUCCCUGUAUCUUUACUUUUUUGGGGGUUUUUUGGACUAUUUCUUGCAAAAUACGGCACAUCGAUAAUCACACACAUCACAUGCUUUCAAAAAAGAAUCUGAAAAAAGAUGCAAACUUCUACGUUAUUCCAUAAUAUUCUGACACCAUUUCCAUAAGCGUCCAAUUAUUUUUUCUUGUAAUAACAGACAAGCUUUUUACCGUAUUUUUUAAGGGAAAAAUGACUUUGUAAUAGUACAACUUCUGUUCACAGUACUAUACACAACCUGAUCAAAACAUUAACUUUAUUAUGCUGACUUUUUGAAAACAAAUACUCUUCCUAAUUUUAUAAUAUAGAUAUUUUUUGGGGUAUCGGAUGAAAAAAGUUGCCCCAUUUUUACAAGACAAAUAUUUUAACCUGUAAUAUUUACAAACUCAUCCUUUAACAUUCUGGGCGACAUUUUGAGUUUUUUUUUUUUUUAAUGGCUUGCCGCUUAUUGUCAUAGCAGUCGUGUGGCAUGUUGAUGAGCGUAAAUGUCGACACGAAUGGACAUUUUGAGUUUGGGAAACCUUGCCUUUGAGUUGAACAAAUAGCCGUUUGUUUUCUUGCAGCACUCCAGCUCACUUUAGCGGGCGUCAGGCCUAGUUUGUCACCUUUUUGUUCUCCAACUGAAAAAGAAAAAAACCCCACCACCACCAUCAACUUAUUUUUUUCUUCUUUUUGCAUGCCUGCUCUCUUGCUGCCUUGUUUUUGUUUUGAGUGCCGUAAGAAGAUAUUUAUCCUUUUAUUUUGAGAGCGAUUGCAAGUUUUGAUGUGUUGAUAUUAAAAAAGAAAA